AUGACAACUGCAUUGUACACUGCUAAAGAUUUUAUACUAGUAUCCUUGCCGGAGAAUGCUAAACCUUCACAAAACCCUGAGAGAGAUGUUUCCACAUGGCUUGAAACUGGAUUGAUUUCUGGUAGAAGUUACGUAUCAGAUUUCCCUAUCCCAGAUUUCAAGAUUGGAUCCUUGGAUACUCUUGUCUUACAAUCGGAGGAAUUGGCAAAGAUUGAUUCCCAAAUCUAUUCAUCAUUACAAAAAAUCGUGGAAAUUUUAAAUGCUUUAACUGACACACAAGCUUCCGCUAUCAGUAUUAAUAAACAGUCGAUUCCUGAAUUUUUGACCCAUUUCCAAUGGGAUUCAAGAAAGUUCAAGCUUGAAAAAUCUGUGAAAGAGUUGAUUCACGAUUUAUCUAUAGAAUCCUUCCAAUUGGAUGCAGAUGUAAGAUCGACUUAUUCAAACUACAAUAAUGCUAAGUCCAACUUCGCAGCUGCCGAAAGAAAGAAAACUGGUGAUUUGUCAGUAAGAUCAUUGCAUGAUAUUGUGAAGGCUGAAGAUUUCAUUUUAAACAGUGAAUAUUUGACCACUGUAUUGGUAGCAGUGCCCAAGACCUUGAAACAGGAUUUCGAGAAGCAUUACGAGACAUUGGCAGAGAAAGUGGUACCGGGUUCAGCAACGGUGUUGAAACAAGAUGACGAGUUUAUUCUUUAUAACGUCCACCUUUUCAAAAAGUUUCAACACGAUUUCCAAAACGCCUGCAGAGAAAGAAAAUACAUUCCACGUGACUUUGCCUAUUCAGAAGAGUUAAUUGAUCAGUUGAAAAAAGAACAUGAUACAGCCGCCAGCCAAGAGCAAAGUUUACGUGUCCAAUUGAUUAGAUUGGCCAAGACUGCUUUCCAAGACGUGUUCGUCAAUUGGCUGCACAUCAAGGCUUUACGUGUCUACGUCGAGAGUGUUUUGCGUUAUGGUUUACCGCCAUUCUUUCUAACGAAAAUAAUUGCAGUUCCUCCCAAGCAACUAUCUGCAUGCAAGUCAGAGCUUAUCGAACAGUUUAGCUAUUUGGCAGGUAACGCUUUCUCUAAAGAUAAACGUGGUAAGAUCAACCGUAAUGAUACCUCAUUACACGAGUACGCUUCUUUAGUUGAUACAGAGUAUGAGCCAUUCGUGUUGUAUUCCAUCCAACUACCCCAAUGA